AUGAAGGGCGAGAAACGCAGAAAUUAUGACUCUUCACGCUUCAAAGAGGCUUAUAUGAAAGUUAUAAAGGAUAAUUGGUCAGUGUACAAGGCGUCGAAGGAAUAUGGCAUACCGUGGUCUACUUUGAGAAGACACAUAGCUACUCAUGGAGGUGAAAGUUUCGACUUACCUAAACUUGGGAGACCAUUCACAUUAGACAGCGACCUUGAAUGUAAGUUUGUUUCCUACAUAAUUAAAAUGCAAGAACUAGGAUUUGGUCUCAGCGUCACAGACAUCAAAGCUAAAUGUUACGCUUUAGCAGUCCAAGCAGGAAAAGAUCACCAGUUUAACGACGCUAAACCUAAAGCUGGGCCUUAUUGGUGGUGGUCGUUUAAAGAACGGUACGGGCUUUCAUUGCGCACGCCAGAAAAAGCUUGCAGCAUGCCGAGCUGUUACUGCUAA